AUGUCCGUCUCCAUGGCCACGCAAACGUCCGGACCCUUGAGGGUCGAGACCGUUCACGAGACCAAGCUGGAACACCAAGAGGUUGAGUCGGGAUACGCCUCAGCCACAGACUCGACCUCGACGGCCUCAUCCUCCACCAGCGCUCUGCCCCGAAUCUCCCUCACCAAGGCGCACCUCAACCACCUCAACUCCCAGAUGGAGAACAUGGAUGCCAUGGAGAUCCUUCGUUUCUCCAAGGUCAUGUUCCCCAACCUCUUUCAAUCCACAGCCUUUGGCCUGACGGGUCUCGUCACCAUUGACAUGCUGUCCAAGAUCCAGACCGAGUCGCCCAGCUCGGCCCCCGUCGACCUCAUCUUCCUCGACACCCACUACCACUUCCAGGAGACUCACGACCUCGUCUCGGCCGUCCAAACCCGCUACCCCAACGUCAAGCUUCACAUCUACAAGCCGCACAAGGCCGACACUCUCGCCGAGUUUGAGGCCACCUACGGCGACCGUAUGUAUGAGAAGGACAGUGAGCUGUAUGACUGGACGGCCAAGGUCGAGCCGUUGCAGCGCGCCUAUGAGGAACUCGGUGUCGCAGCCAUCCUCACUGGCCGUCGUCGCUCUCAAGGUGGCGCCCGUGACAAGAUGCCCAUCAUCGAGAUCGACGACGAGCGUGGCGUCAUCAAGAUCAACCCCCUCGCCAGCUGGUCCUUCGCCCAGGUCCGCGAUUACGUCAAGAACAACAAUGUGCCCUACAACGCCCUGCUCGACCGCGGCUACAAGUCCGUCGGCGACUGGCACUCCACUUCGCCCGUGGCUGACGGCGAGGACGAGCGCGCCGGACGCUGGAAGGGCCAGCAGAAGACCGAGUGCGGCAUCCACAACAAGAAGUCGCGCUAUGCGCAGUACCUCGAGGAGCUCGCGCAGAAGGAGAAGCUCGACGCCGCCGCCGCCGCGCUCGAGAAGGUCGAGGCCAGUCAGUCGGUGGCCGUCUGA